AUGUUGAACGAUAGCCAGCUUCACAGCGGCUUUGGUUGGCCUCAGCAAUUCUCGCAAAAAGGAAAGAUAGCCAGGAAUUUUGAAAAUGUACCGUGGCUAAGCUACCAAGAAGAGUUCAACUCACCGAGAGACGCUAUUAGCUUUUUUUUCCAAUUUGACGAUGAUGACGUGAGGUAUCAUGGGCGCGUCCGUCCUGUCCUUGAUAUUUGUCAGAAUGUGGACCUUCGCGACCUUCCCAGCAUCGACUCUCUCGACGGGGAGAAGAGAGUGGCUUGGUUGAUAGAAGGUCAGCUUGUUGAUGGCGUCAUCAAUCUUCGAGAUUGCUUGGGAUCAUUAACUGCUCGCCGACUCGCUGAAGCUUUGUCGACACCAGUUCAGGGGCAUCCAUUGUUCUCCCUUGAAUUUUACCUGCCGUUUCGAGCCUGGCGGAAAACCAAACGUCUUCUCAGAGAUGAAAGAAUCAAGAUAUCGGACCAAGAAUCUCUCCGAUCAUCAAUGAAUGUCACAAACUUGAUGCCUCCGGGAGGUGGUGACGAGGCGAAUCAGGUUCACGGUAUCUACGCAGGUCAUAUUGCUUGUUUGGUCAGCGGGCAUGAUUAUUGGCAAUGGACAGCAUACUUCUCUAUCGACACUUGGUUCGAUGAAGAUGAAGGCAUAAAUGACCAGGUAACACGUUAUGAUAAUGACAUGGAAGAUGAAAGCGGAUGCGACUUUGAGCCGGAUCCUUGUAGCGGUGGACAAGACGACGCCAGAAAGCCAUACUGGAACCCACGAGUUUGGUUUCUUCGCAUAUUUGGCAUUCGACUUGAUCAAAUCGAAGACGAAUGGGAAUGUAUAUCCCUUCACUUAGGAAAUAGUAUUGAGCGACAGGAUCGGGAGCAUAAGAUGCUCCUCCGUGAAGAACGACUAUCACUUGGACUUACUAGUACUGAGCGGCAUGGAUCUAGGGUCAAUUCCCUGAAGACCUUGAUGCUAGAGUCUAGAGAUAUUCUGCAAGAUCUUCUGAGCGUCGUCCGGGAAACGGUGAAGAUUGGGGCAUCUUUCCUGUCAACGGAAGUGAACUUCUUUCUUCAAGUUGACGGGCAGGCUGGAGACACGUCGGAGUGCUACCCUUAUCUUAGGGACAUCAGGCGGAUAUUCAAUGAGCUAGAUCAGCUCAGCUUUCGACUAGAAAGCUAUCAGGAGAAAUGCAACUCCGUGAUACAAUGCUGUGAAGCACUCAAGAAUAAUAAUCCCCUAAGAAUAUUCUCACCAAUCUCAGACGAGCGAUCUGCUGUCAGCUCUCACGGCAUGCUGCAAGUACAGGUAGAGAUGGAGAAAUUGCGAAGCGAGUUGAUACAACUGAGGGUGAAAAACGAACAACUUAUUGCCAUCGAGCCAAAGGAUGUGGAGGAAGUUCGCGUCCUCGCAUUUAGCACACUGCUUACGCAGGCUUUCUCGCAAACUACUGCACUUUUUAGCGCAGAGGGCGUUAUCGCCUUCACAAAGAACUGGCAAUCAUUUCUAAUAUCACUUCUCGUAGCGUAUGGCAUUAACUUUUCGAUUGGAACCGCCUUUCUUAUUUGGAUUCGAAGGGCGCGCCGAAAAUUGCAAGAUGCAUGUGCCUCGAAGUCAGAGCCGUUGCUGCCUGUCGUGCAGCCUACACAGAAUCUCGACGCUGCCUCCGCUAUCACGUUGAGAUCAAGAAGUGAGCCUGUGACUCAAGGCAUUUCCACACACAUUGCUUCGAUAAGAUUCAAUGAGGGUGACAUCACAGUCCACAACCGGCGUCGAUUCUCAGACAGAUUCUGGUCAAGCUAUAGGCAGCCGGAGAGGGUGGAUGUUGGUAUCCCUAUUAUAAGGUAG